GUCUGAACGGAGAUGAUUUCUUGGUGUUAGGCCUCCGUAAUGGCAGAGUAGUAUAUAGCUACAAUCUAGGUUCUGGCGCAGCAACAAUCAUUAGUAAACCACUUGAUCUGACACUUGAUAUUCACGUCAUUCAUCUUGGCAGAUAUCUCCAAAAAGGCUGGCUGAAGGUGGAUGAUCAGAAGAAUAAAACCGUCACUUCUCCUGGGAGACUGGUCGGACUCAAUGUCUUCAGUCAGUUUUAUUUAGGAGGUUAUCACGAGUAUACUCCGGAACUCCUACCAAAGGGAUCCAGAUUUAAUAACAGCUUUCAAGGUUGCAUUUUUGAUGUUCAAGUCCGCACCAGCAUGAAUCAAGAAUUUAAAUCACCAGGGACUCCAGAAGGUCACCCCAAUUCUGGUCGCAGUGUUGGACAAUGUAAAGAUUCCCCAUGCAGUUUAAUAAAAUGCAGAAAUGGUGGGAAGUGCAUAGAAGGUGGCUCUACUGUUUAUUGUGACUGCCUCACUGGGUGGAAAGGUGCAUUUUGCACAGAAACGGUGUCAGUAUGUGAACCAGAGCAUGAUCCUCCACAUCUGUGUAAGCAAGGCGGUACCUGCGUGCCACUGCCAAACGGCUACACGUGUCACUGCCCUCUUGGAACAACUGGUACCUAUUGUGAACAAGGUGACUUUCUAUGUAUAUCAUUAGUAAAUGGAUUUAUACAGUUACGCUACAAUCUCGGAGACAAGACAAUCAUCCUACAGACCUUUCAGAAGGUCCGUGCAAAUGGAAAUACAUGGCAUUCACUCCAAGCAGGAAGAGUUGGUAAUGAAGGCUACCUGGACCUGGACGGUAUCAACAUUACUCAAAAAGCCAGUCCUGGAAUGAACGCACUAGACACGCACACAGAUUUUUUUGUUGGAGGGGUGCCCUCCUUAAACCUUGUUAAUUCAAUGGCAGUACAAAAUGAACCUACCGGUUUCACUGGUUGUAUACGAGAAAUUGUUAUAAACAACAGGGAACUGAAGCUUACCGUGACUGACGCCAAAGGUGGAGCCAACGUUGGCGACUGUGACGGAACAGCUUGUGGGUACAGUGUGUGCAAAAAUAAUGGAACGUGUCAGGUUGAAAACUCAGGCUUUUCUUGUUCUUGCCCACAGGAGUGGGUAGGGAGCACUUGUGAACAAUCUAUUCACUGUUCACAAAACAGGUGUGGGUCUCAAGCGCUCUGUAUUCCUCAACCUACUUCAUUUUCAUAUAUCUGCAUAUGUGCACUAGGCUGGUCAGGUAAGUACUGCGAUAGCAAAAUCAAUUUUUUUAUAGCAAAGUUCAUCGGCAACUCCUACAUCAAAUACACAGAUCCUUAUUACGGAAAAAGAGAUCUCCAGUACAGCCGCAUUUCUUUAAAUUUUACUACCAAUCAAACUGAAGGCUUAAUAGUAUGGAUGGGAAAAGGUGAAGAUGAAGAUAAUGAUUUCCUUGCCAUUGGUCUUGCCAAUGGAACAUUAAAAGUUGUGAUUAAUCUUGGAGAAAGAAUCUCUGUUCCUCUAAUUCACAGCAAAUAUUCCACCUGUUGUGACCAAAGAUGGCAUUUUGUUACUGUAGUUCAAAACCAAACAUGUAUUAAGGUGUAUCUUGAUGAGGAGCUAAUUCUUUUUGAAGAUAUUGAUCCACACAGAAAAUACACUGCUUUGAACUACGGUGGCAUUUGUUAUUUUGGUGGGUUUGAAAUUGGCAGGAAAGUCAAUAUAGUCACUACAGGUCUUUUUCAGAAGGAAUUCAUUGGCAAAAUUAAAGAUGUUGUGCUCUUCCAAGAUUCUAAGAAGAUUCAGCUAAUAAAAGCAGAAGGGUAUAAUGUCUACAGCGGAAAUUAUGGAAAUUAA